AUGGCUCCCAAAUCUCAAACUUGCCCCACUCUCUCCCGCCACGAGGAGUCUCGCCUCAAGGCUCGACGUCUCGAGGCUGCAAUGGCAUUUAUGAAGCAAUGUAGGGCCAAUGGGACAUUGUUCACCAUUCAUAAUGUGGCUCUGCGCUAUGGGGUAUCCCGCACCACCCUGCAGCAUCGAUGGAAUGGACGAAAAACACGCCAGGAAGCCAAUGAAGAGAGGCAACUACUCAAUAGAGAUGAAGAAAACGCGCUAGUAGAGUGGAUUAUCUUCUGGGGUGGCAAAGGGAUGCCUCUCAAUGCCCAUUCAGUCCGAGCAAUAGCGAUGGCCAUCUGCGGGCAGGAUGUGUGGAAACACUGGGUGGAAAGGUUCAAGGAUCGACAUUCUCAGAGGCUCAAGUCCACAUGGACAAAAGCCAUCGAUCAUUCACGUGCAAAGGCCCUCAAUCCAAACAUUGUCUGUGAUUUCUUUCUGAAAUUGAUUGCCGAAGUGCAAGGUAGCAAGAUUUCAGCAUCAAAUAUAUACAAUGCUGAUGAGAAGGGCAUACAAUUUGGCGAUUAUGGACAGUCCAAGGCACUUGUUGGUCGAAGCCAGAAGACCACACGGGUCAUUGGUAAUACAAGCCGUGAGAUGGCCACUGUCAUCGAAUGUGUGUGUGCAGAUGGCUCGUCCAUAACUCCAAUGGUUAUCUUCAAGGGCAAGCGCCUGUCAAAAUAUUAUUUCGCCCAGGAUACUGAAAUGGGUGAUCGUUGCUUGAGGCGUAAAGGUGUUACGUGCGACUGGAAGAAGGAAAUGGGGGCGAGCGGGAAACUGAGACGCUGA